GAAGUAUACGAAAUGCUCAGACGAUCUGAGCAUGCGUAUUUCUGUACUUCACAAAAUAUUAUCCAAUCAUUGUGCCUGUAGUUCAGUUUAAAUGGCGGGAUAAUCAAGUUGUUGGCACUUUCAGGAAUUACCGAGAAUGGUAUCAAAACGUAGAAAACCUACAGCUGCUUCUGCUUCAAAGGAGCAAGAAGUUGAUCAAGAGAAUGAAAUGGUUAAUCAAGAUGGAGCUGAAUCUGUUCCUUUGAUGACUCCUGUGACACACAUCUUCAGACCAGAAGAUUUUGGCCCAGUUGAAGUUCCACCAAUAAUUGAGAGUGUAGCUACCUAUUCACAAGAUGGACCAAGACUCAUAAUCAGUCAUAUAGAAAAUUAUUUCUUCAAGUCUUAUGCUAACACACAAAUUAUUGGACCAUUUCACAAGUGCUUUACUUCCAUUGUUGGUCCAAAUGGUAGUGGCAAGUCUAAUGUUAUUGAUUCAAUGCUGUUUGUCUUUGGUUACCGUGCCAACAAGAUCCGUUCAAAGAAAAUCAGUGUUUUAAUCCACAAUAGUCAACAGUACCCAAAUGUUGGAAGCUGUACUGUUAGUGUUCAUUUCCAGAAAAUCAUCGAUACAGGACCUGGUGAUGAAGAUUAUGAAGUAGUCCCUGAUUCCAAGUUUGUUGUCUCAAGAGUGGCAUUUAGAGACAACAGUUCACACUAUAUGGUUGAUGGUAAGCGAAAGACAUAUAAAGAAAUUGCAGCCCUGUUGCGUGGUAGUGGCAUUGAUCUUGACCAUAACCGGUUUCUUAUCUUACAAGGAGAAGUUGAGCAAAUUGCCAUGAUGAAACCCAAAGCUGAAAAUGAACACAGUGAAGGGAUGCUUGAAUUUUUGGAAGAUAUUAUUGGAAGCAGUCGAUUCAAGGAACCCAUUGAAAUAAUGUCAAAACGUGUAGAAACUUUGAAUGAACUUCGUGGAGAAAAGUUGAACAGAGUGAAGGCUGUGGAGAAAGAGAAAGAUAACCUGGAGGGAGCUAAGAAUGAAGCUGAAGAGUUCUUGAGUACAGAGAACAGUAUUACUCACUUGAAUAAUAAACUUUACCAGAUAUAUCUAAAUGAUUGCACUACCAAUGAGUCAAAGGCAACUGCUAGUUUGAAAGAGUUACAGGAAAAAGCUGAUGAAGAAUUUAAGAAAAUGAAAACUGUUACUGCAGAGAAAUUAGCUUGCAGCAAAGAAUAUGAUAAAACUUACAAAGAGUAUGAGGCAUUAGUGAAGGAAAGUGAUGAGCUUAAAGAGCAAUUCUCUAAAUUGGAAAGUUUGGAUGUGAAAUGCCGUGAAGAUAUGAAACAUACAAAAAGCAAAGCCCCUAAAAUUGAAAAAAGUAUUACACAAGAAUUAAAAAAAAUUGGAGAGUUCAAAUCAAUUCCAGAAGAGGCUGAAAAAGUUUUGGUUGAUCUAAAUAAGAAAUUGGAAACUCUUGAAGCGAAAAAGAAAGAAGAGGUUAAAAAAGUUCAAGAAGUGAUGAAAAGUUUGAAAACUGAAACCAAGGAUCUGCAAGAAGAGAAAGACAAGCAAGAAGAACAAUUGUUAGGAAUGCAAAAGUCAGUCAGUGAGAGCAAGUCACAGUAUAAUGUUGCCCAAUCAGAGUUGGAUAUCUAUCUUAGCAACGAACAAAAUGAGCAAUCAAAAUUAAAUGAACUGCAAAGGAACUUGAGUAAGGCCACAAGCACUCUAAAAGAUCGCCAGAGUCAAAUUAAAGAUAUGGAACAAAAACUUCCCACUAUUCAGAAAAAUCUUGAAAAAAGCAAAAAAGAAUUGGAACAAGCUACAGAAUCAGAAAAGAAUUCUUCAGAACAGUUAAGAAAUGCUCGUUUGAAAAUUGAAGAAAUGAAGAGGUCCAUGCAAUCAGCCAAGAGCAAAGGGAGGGUUUUGUCUACUUUAAUGGAACAGAAGCGAAGAGGGAAACUUCCUGGAAUUUUAGGCAGAUUGGGUGAUCUAGGUGCAAUUGAUAGCAAAUUUGAUUGUGCCAUUUCAACUGCUUGUGGUGCUCUUGACAAUAUUUUAGUUGACACCAUUGAUACAGCUCGCCGCUGCAUUGAGUUCCUCAAGGCUAACAACGCUGGUUCUACUACAUUCAUUUGUCUUGAAAAAAUGGAUAAAUGGAAAAGCUACUGCAAUAGAAAAAUAACAACACCUGAAUCUGUUCCUCGUCUUUUUGAUCUUGUCAAAAUAAAAGAUUCUACUAUUGCACCAGCAUUUUACUUUGCCCUACGUGAUACACUUGUUGCAAAGGAUCUUGACCAGGCUACCCGCAUUGCCUAUGGCAAAACUCGCUACAAAGUUGUUACUUUACAAGGAGCACUUAUUGAUAUAUCAGGUACCAUAAGUGGUGGAGGCAACACUGUUUUAAAAGGUCGGAUGGGAUCUUCUGUUAUUGAAGAAAUCGACCCUAAGGAAUUAGAGAAAGCAGAAAAAGCUUUACUAAAGGUAACUGAAGAAACUGCUAAUUAUCGACAAAAGAAAAGCAAGCUUGAAAGUUACAUACUGGAACUGGAAGAUUCUCUGAAACUUAAUAAUAUUUGUCUACAAAAAUACAGUAUGGAAGUUAAAGCGUUAUCAGAGCAAGAGAUAACACUGACUCAACAGAUUGUGGUACAAAAAGAAAAAGUAAAAUCUGCAGCUCCUGAUAAAGUUGAAGUGGAUAAUUUGCAGAAAAAAGUUGAAAAAUUGAAAAGCAUUUAUGAAAAAGAUGCUAAAGUUGUCUCCAAAGUUGAAAAGGAAGUUCAAAGGCUACAUAAAGAAAUUAUGGACAUUGGUGGAAACAAAUUAAAAGCUGUCCAAGCUAGAGUUGAUGCCAUCUCAAACAAUAUUGAUCAGGUGACUGGUCAGAUCACUAAAACUACUGUAGGAGUCACUACUUCCAAGAGAAAUUUGAAGAAAUCCCAAGAAAAAUUAGAAUCUUUGGAGAAAGAAAAAGAAGAAAUGGCAAAGAAACUUGAAGCUCUUAAAAAGGAGUUUAAAGAUUUGGAAGAGAAAGCUAAAGAAGUCUUGUCAUCUCAUUCAGAAGUAAAGGAGAAAAUUGAAAACCAUGAAAAAAUCUUAUCUGAUCUUAAAGAGAAACUGGGUGAAAUUGAGAAGGAGGAAACAGCCCUGUCAAAAGAGAAUAUUGACCUACAGCACAAACUAGAAAAAUAUCAAGAUGUUGUGAAAACUAAUCAAGUAAAAAUGAAACACUGGAAGAAACAGCUUUCUCAGUUAGCCCUUCAUGCUAUUGGAAACAAAGAACCUCCACCUCUGGAAACUAAUGAUGCUGAAGAAUUGGCUAGGACAAAUGUUGAAGAACUUAAAUAUGAGAUUACUGUGUUUGAAGAAAAACUGAGCAAGAUGAAGCCUAACUUGACAGCCAUUAAUGAAUACAAAGAGAAGGAAGCUGUUUAUUUGGAAAGAGUUGCAGAGAUGGAUCGAAUUACUGAUUGCCGUGACCAACAGAAGCAAAUGUUUGAAGAUUUAAGGAAACAGCGCCUGGAUGAGUUCAUGACAGGCUUCAGUACAAUUACUAACAGACUCAAGGAGAUGUAUCAAAUGAUCACACUUGGAGGAGAUGCUGAAUUAGAACUUGUUGAUUCUCUCGAUCCCUUUUCUGAGGGUAUUGUCUUCAGUGUUCGUCCACCAAAGAAAUCUUGGAAGAAUAUAUCCAACCUGUCUGGUGGAGAGAAAACACUUAGUUCUUUAGCUUUGGUAUUUGCUUUGCAUCACUUCAAGCCAACACCUCUUUAUGUCAUGGAUGAGAUUGAUGCUGCUUUGGAUUUCAAAAAUGUCUCCAUUGUUGCUAACUAUAUUAAGGAGCGGACAAAAAAUGCCCAGUUUAUCAUAAUCUCUCUUCGAAAUAACAUGUUUGAAUUGGCAGAUAGACUGGUGGGAAUUUACAAGACUGACAAUUGUACUAAAUCACUGGCAAUUAAUCCUCAGAAGUUGAGUAAAACACUGCUGGAAUGUGAUGCAUAGAAACGUUUUAUAUUAUUCUUUUCUUACUCUCACUUUAUCUUUUUGGAUUGGAUUUUAUUUCUACUCUACACAAGUUACUCUUCACUUUGGUAUGAAUGUAAUCAAAUAAUGUUUGAAUGUGAUUUAAUUGUGACAAUGCAAGUUGUUGCUAAGGAGUUGAGACAUGGAAGAACUUUUGAGCUUAAUGCCUUUCUCUUUUUAAGAUCUAUGUAUAUAUAUAUGUAUUUCACUAUUCCAUUCAUUUAUAGCUAGACAUCCAAAAAUCAACUUGAGAUGAUAUAGAACUGAAUUAUAUUAUAACUGAAAAAUAAACAUCUUUGUUAAAAACCAUGUUAUGAUAAUCUAUUUUGAAAUGCCAAUAUUUCCAUUAAAAAACAGAUAACAUACCCAGAAGCAAAAAUUCUUGCUGUUUUAUGUUCUCUCAGUUAUCAGUUGCUGUUAUUGAUAUUAAAAUGUUACUUUUGUUUUA